CAUGCCGCUCCAGAUGUUCCAAACAUUCCACAACAUAUGUCCACCACCGUGUGGGUGCGAGUCAUCGAUGAAAAUGACAACGCGCCCGAGUUUCUGGAAGAAGGGUAUGUAACGGAGCUCAGAGAAGGGCCAAACACUGUAGGAGCCACCAUUGCCACAGUAGCAGCCAUCGACCCUGACGAGGGGCUCAAUGGAACCAUCCGUUAUGCCAUCCCCAAGGGCAACCUGGCCCAAACGUUCCAAAUCAAUGACAUAACGGGUAAAAUUGUGGCCAUAAAGGAGGUGGAUUAUGAGAUCAGUAGUGGUCAUUAUGUGCUGACGGUCACAGCCACAGAUCAGUGUCCUAUACCUCUGUUUAGACUCACCUCCAGCACAACAGUCCUGGUCAAUGUGGUAGACGUGAAUGAUAAUGCGCCCAUCUUCCUGCGUCAGUUCGAGGGUCCAUUUGAAAUCACAGAGGGACAGCCGGGCCCACGUGUCUGGACCGUGAAAGCUACGGAUGCUGAUUCAGGAUCUAACGGAAAAGUGGAGUACAGCAUCACUGCAGGGGACCUGAAAAAUGAGUUUGUUGUUUCAUCAGUUGAGGGCGAAUUGAGAGUGAGGAAGGAUGUAGAGCUCGACAGAGAAACUAUCGCCUAUUACAACAUCACCAUUACUGCCAAAGAUCUGGGAACGCCAGCACUCAGCACUACGGUGGUGGUGGGCAUACAGGUGUUGGACAUUAAUGAUAAUGAUCCUGUCCUGCUCAAUUUACCAUUUAACACCAGCGUGAGCGAGGGAGCACCCAUUCAAACCUCCAUUGCUCAAGUGCGGGCACAUGACUCUGACAGUGGCCGCAAUGCUCUGCUCACAUUCAACAUCACCGCCGGAAACAUAGACGGAGCAUUCUACAUUAAUGAGACGUCAGGUGUGGUUCAGGUGAACAGGCCGCUGGACAGGGAGAGAGUGCCUGAAUACAGUCUGACCAUCACCGUCAAAGACAACCCAGACAACCCCCGUAUCGCUCGCAGGGACUCAGAGUUGUUGGUUGUCACAGUGCUGGAUGUGAAUGACAACAGACCCAUCUUCACUCAAUCCAGCUACAGGGGAGAGAUCAGUGAAAACUCGCCCACAGGCACUACUGUGUUGAUUCUAAACGGGCCUGUUCUGGCAGAGGACAGAGAUAUUGGGGAGAAUGCGGUGGUGAGGUAUCGUCUCCUGGGGGCCAGAGUUGACCUCUUCUCCAUAGACCCUCGCACAGGGGUGGUUUCAGUGCGUGGGGGUGCUGUGCUGGACAGGGAGGCAUUCUCUGACCCUCAGGUGGAGUUGUUGCUGCUCGGGGAGGAUGUGGGAGGUUUAAACAGCAGUGUUCCACUCACCAUAACCAUCCUAGACAAGAACGACAACCCACCUGUGUUCAGUCCUUCCAGCUUUACUGUACGACUGCCUGAAAACAGCCCCACAGGUGUGGUGGUAACACAGCUCUCGGCAAGUGAUGCUGAUGCAGGCUCCAACGGUUGGCUGCAAUAUCGGUUAGACAGCGGCGCUCAAGACCGGUUUAUUGUUGACGCUCUCUCUGGUGCUGUUCUGGUCGGUAAUGCUACGCUGGACAGAGAAGAACGUAGCUCGUACCGCUUGGUUGUCAUAGCAACUGACAGAGGCACGCCCUCUCUCUCAGGGACAGCGACGCUAACAGUCGUCCUUGACGAUGUAAAUGACGCUCGUCCUCGUUUCAUUCUGCCUGUGCAGACAAUCAGUGUUAACGAGUCAACUCCACCAGGAGAGGUUGUUGCCACACUAACUGCCGAGGACCCUGACCUACGACCUCGCCUGGAGUAUUACAUAAUCUCUGUGGAAGCAAAGGAUGAUGGGAAUAAGGCGGUGGAUGGGCUGCAGGAAUCUUUUGGGAUUGACUUUCACACAGGUGCUGUGUUUGUACGAAACCCCUUGAACAGAGAGCUGGUUGCCACUUUUGAGAUUAUCAUUUCAGUCCAUGACAAUGCCAGCGAUGUCAUUGACAUGUCUGUCAGUGUACCCAAUGCCAAACUGACCAUCAAUAUUUUGGACGUUAAUGACAACGCUCCUCGUUUCCGUCCCUUCGGUGUGGCAAACUUCUCCGAGAGGAUUUUGGAGGGUGCUCAACCUGGAACCACUCUGCUGUCAGUGACGGCUGUUGACCCUGAUAAAGGACCUAAUGGGCAGAUCAUUUACCAGCUACUGCACCUGCCCCGUGGAGACUACAUAAGACUGGAAGACCCAUCUACAGGUAAAAUUGUUGCCAAUCGGACGGUGGAUUUUGAACAGGUGCAGUGGUUGAACUUUACGGUGCGUGCUCAGGAUCACGGCACACCUCCACGCUUCGCUGAGCUUCCUGUCUAUUUGCGCAUAGUUGAUGUCAACGACAACAACCCAGUCUUUCAAAAACCCUUGUACCAGAAGUCCAUAUUUGAGGAUGUUGCUCUUGGCACCAUUAUUGUAAGUGUGAGUGCGACAGAUGCAGAUUCUGGCCUGUUUUCUGUCAUUGAAUAUGGACUAGUGGAUGGAGAGGGCAAGUUUGGCAUCACACCGACUACGGGUGACAUCUACAUUCUCUCUCCACUGGACAGAGAGAUCAAAGACCGCUACACUCUCACAGCCUAUGCUAGAGACAACCCUGGUGGAAGCCCCAAUAACCGCCGAGAAAACUCAGUCCAGGUGCAGUUGACAGUUCUGGAUGUGAAUGACUUUCGUCCUCGCUUCUCAGAGAAAGUGUUCAGCAGGAGUGUGUUUGAGAAUGAGCCUGUUGGUACAUCAGUGAUCACGCUGACAGCCACAGACCUUGAUGAGGGAGAGAACGCAUUACUCACCUACAGUCUUCAGGGCCCUGGAGCAGAUGCGUUCUCUCUGAAUCCUGACACGGGGCUGAUGCGCUCACUGCGGUUACUGCAAAGUUUUGAGCGGUUUAAUCUGACUGUGGUGGCGACUGAUCAUGGCAGGCCUCCACUCUGGGGCACAGCUAGUCUCCAAAUCACUGUUAUAGAUGUCAAUGAUAAUAGGCCUAUCUUUGUGCGACCUGCCAAUGGCACUAUCAUGCACAUACUAGAGGAACAGCCUCCUGGGCUAGUGGUGUAUGAAGUGUUUGCCACAGAUGAGGAUGAGGGGGUGAACGGAGAGGUUCGCUACAGCUUUUUGCAGACAGGAGCGGGAAACAGAGACUGGGAGAACUUCCAUAUUGAUGCAGUGACUGGAGUGAUCACCACUGCAGUUAAACUGGACAGAGAGAAACAAGCUCUGUACAGUCUGGUCGUUGUGGCAUAUGACCUUGGACAACCUGUCCCGUAUGAGACCAUGCAGCCACUGCAGGUGGCACUGUCUGACAUCGAUGACAAUGAGCCUGUCUUCCUCAAACCUCCGAGAGGGAGUUUGUCAUAUCAGUCUCUGUCGGUACCUGAGCACUCGUCUCCUGGGACUGUUGUUGGUAAUGUGACUGGUGCAGUCGACGCGGAUGAGGGCUCAAAUGCUAUCGUCUACUAUUUCAUUGCAGGGGGCGAUAGUGAGGGAAACUUCGGUAUGAGUGUGGCCGGCGUUUUGCGGAUCAAGAAAGAGCUGGAUCGGGAAUACAUUCCAGUGUAUUCGAUCAUUGUUAAAGCCUCCAGUAACCGCAACUGGUCUCCUCCAAGAGGUCAAAGGUCACAGAGAAUACAAUUGCUUGACCCAAGCCGUGACCCCACAUUACAGGAAUUAAGAAUCUUCCUGGAGGACAUCAAUGACCAGCUUCCCAGAUUUACCAAGCUGGAGUAUACAGCAGGUGUGGCUGCAGAUGCCAAGGUGGGCUCUGAUCUGAUCCGAGUUCAAGCGAUUGACAAUGAUAUCGGCAACAACAGUCUCGUUCUUUAUCACAUUUUGUCCAUCCGCUACAUCAAACUACAGUCCAACGACUCUGAAGACAUGGGCAACGUCUUCAUAAUUGGAGAAACGGACGGCAUCAUUCGGACAUAUGAUCUGUUCAUGGCAUAUGCUCCGGGUUAUUUUGUGGUGGAGGUGUUGGCGAGAGAUCUUGCUGGUCAUAGUGACAUGGCUAUAGUGGGCAUUUACAUUCUUAGAGAUGACCAGCGGGUGAAGAUUGUCAUUAAUGAGAUACCAGAGCGUGUGCGGCUGUUUCAGGAGGAGUUUAUAAGCCUGCUCUCAAACAUCACAGGCGCCAUAGUCAACACUGAUGAUGUACAGUUUCAUGUUGAUAAAAAGGGAAGAGUGAACUUCGCUCAAACCGAUGUUCUGAUUCACGUAGUCAACAAGCAGACCAACCGAAUUUUGGAUGUGGAGAGAGUGAUUCAGAUGAUUGAUGAGAAUAUGGAGCAGUUGAGGAAUCUGUUUAGAAACUACAACGUUCUGGACGUUCAGCCUGCCGUGACGGCACGUGCACCUGAUGACCUCUCCACCUUACAGAUGGCCAUUAUUAUUUUGGCAGUGUUACUCUUCCUUGCUGCCAUGUUGUUUAUCUUGAUGAACUGGUAUUACCGCACAGUACACAAGAGGAAGCUGAAGGCAGUCGUGGCUGGCUCCACAGGGAAUCAGGGAUUGAUGGAUAUACUGGAUAUGCCCAACACUAACAAGUACACAUUUGAAGGAGCAAAUCCAGUGUGGCUGGAUCCUUUUUGCAGGAACCUGGAGUUAGCUGCGCAGGCGGAACAUGAGGACGACCUGCCUGAAGACCUGAGUGACAUCACUGACCUGUGGAACAGCCCAGCUCGCACACAUGGUACAUUUGGACGGGAGCCUCAGGCCUCUAAACCAGAGGAAGACCGAUAUCUACGAGCUGCUAUUCAGGAAUAUGACAACAUUGCCAAACUAGGGCAAAUCAUGAGGGAGGGGCCCAUCAAGGGCUCGCUGCUCAAUGUGGUACUAGAUGAUUACCUGAGACUCAAAAAGCUGUUUGCCGCUCGCUUGGUCACCAAGUCAACCAGCCAUGGUGACCAGUCAUCAGUGACAGAGUUGAUCCAGAGUGACCUGGAUGAUGACGAUGACGAUCGUGUUGGUGGAGGUCGAGGAACCAUUCGCUUCAAGCACAAGCUCCCGAUUGAACUGAGGGGUCCCGACGGGGUGCAUGCUGUUCACGGCAGCACGGGCACUCUUUUGACCUCUGACAUCAACAGUCUGCCUGAAGAUGACCAGCGGGCUCUGGCACGCUCGCUCGAAGCUUUGCACGCUGACGGCGGAUUGUAUGCCGAAAGAAACGCCCGAACCGAAUCCGCAAAAUCAACGCCUUUACACAGAAACAAGGGCAGCAAUACUCUGUCUCAGAGUCCGUUAGAGAUCACAGAAUUAUGACUAGCAGAGGCCUCGC